GCCGGAAGAACUGCUUGUUGAUUAGAGAACGGCGUUUGGGUAUGAAGGGCGCCUGAAUAGCCGGUAGGCAGCUGGAUUACCUCACAGCGCCCGGGGGCACCUGCCUGGGUAGUGACCUGCCUCCGGCUUGGCGAAUUAGUUUCCGUGUUUAUUGUGUCGUCCUAGACUUUUGUAUUUCCUUCCUGUUAUAAAAAGGGACCCGUUUCCACAAUGCCUGCAGGUGUCUGCGGCUGUUGUGGAGCUUUGCGUCCGCGUUACAAACGUCUGGUGGAUAAUAUUUUUCCGGAAGACCCUAAGGAUGGCCUCGUUAAAGCUGAUAUGGAGAAACUCACUUUCUAUGCAGUAUCGGCCCCUGAAAAGCUGGACCGCAUUGGUGCAUACCUCGCGGAAAGAUUGAGCAGAGAUGUCGUGAGACACAGAUAUGGAAAUGUGUUCAUUGCGAUGGAAGCCCUGGACCAGCUCCUUAUGGCCUGUCACUCGCAGAGCAUCAAGCCUUUCGUCGAGAGCUUUCUUCACAUGGUGGCAAAGCUUUUGGAAUCUGGGGAACCCAAGUUACAAGUUUAUGGAACCAAUUCAUUUGUCAAGUUUGCAAAUAUUGAAGAAGACACGCCGUCCUACCACAGACGUUACGACUUCUUCGUGUCCCGGUUCAGCGCCAUGUGCCACUCGUGCCACGCCGACCCUGAAAUCCGAACCGAGAUCAGAAUCGCAGGAAUUCGAGGUAUCCAGGGAGUGGUGCGGAAAACUGUUAACGAUGAGCUUCGAGCAACUAUAUGGGAGCCACAGCACAUGGACAAGAUCGUUCCGUCCCUGCUCUUCAACAUGCAGAAGAUUGAAGACACGGAAAGCAGGGUUGGACCUCCUGCUUCCCCUACACCAGGUGAGAAGGAGGAGAACCCAGGUGUGCUCGCCGAAAACUGCUUCCGAGAACUGCUGGGCAGAGCUGCUUAUGGGAACAUGAACAAUGCUGUGAGACCGGUGUUUGCGCAUUUGGAUCAUCAUAAACUCUGGGAAUCCAAUGAAUUUGCGGUGUCCUGUUUUAAAAUUAUAAUGUACUCUAUCCAGGCUCAGUACUCCCAUCAUGUGAUCCAGCAGAUCCUCGGUCAUCUUGAUCUACAUAAGAGAGACUCUCCGCGAAUACGUGCUGGGAUUGUCCAAGUCCUAUUGGAAGCCGUGGCUAUUGCAGCUAAAGGGUCAAUUGGUCCCACCGUUCUCGAGGUGUUUAAUACUCUUCUGAAGCACUUGACGCUCAGCGUUGACUUUGAGCUCGGUGACAGGAGGAGUUCUGCAGGGAGCGCAGCCUUCAGCUCCAGCUCCAAAGAGAGCGACGAACGGAUUGUGCAGAAUGCCAUCAUCCAGACCAUUGGAUUUUUCGGAAGCAAUUUACCUGAUUACCAAAGGUCGGAAAUUAUGAUGUUCAUCAUGGGGAAGGUCCCGGUGUUCGGAUCGUCUUCUAACACUCUUGAUACCAGCCAGCUUGGAGAUAUGGGAACAAAAAGAAUUCAGCUGAUGUUGCUGCGGUCGCUGCUCAUGGUUACAUCAGGUUACAAAGCCAAGACAAUUGCUGCUGCUCUUCCUCCUCCGUUCCUUGAUCCUCUCCUUUCGCCAUCGCUCAUGGAAGAUUGUGAACUGAGGCAGCUUGUCCUAGAAAUACUUCACAAUCUCAUAGAUCGCCACGACAACAGAGCCAAACUACGCGGCAUCAGGAUAAUUCCUGAUGUUGCUGAUCUCAAAAUCAAACGGGAGAAGAUUUUGAGGCAAGAUGUGAGUUUUAUGAAGAAGCACGGGCAGCAGGUGUACAGACAUAUAUACCUUGGCUGUAAGGAGGACGAUAACGUGCACAAGAAUUACGAGUUGCUUUAUACCACAUUGUCUCUGACGACCAUAGAACUGGCCAACGAAGAAGUCGUCAUCGAUCUAAUUAGAGUAGCAAUCGCUUUGCAGGACUUGGCAAUCACUAAUGAAGACAAUCUGCAGAUGUUUCACCGGUGUAGCAUUAUGGCGCUCGUCGCUGCAUAUCUCAACUUCCUCAGCCAGAUGAUCGCGGUUCCUGCUUUUUGCCAACACGUCGGCAAGGUCAUUGAAACCAGGAACAUGGAUGCUCCGUAUCUCCUUCCAGAAGUCAUCUUCCGGGACAAAUGCAGUCUUCCAAAAUCCAUCGAGAAGCUUGAUAAAAAUGUGUUUUUCCUGACCAACAAGAUUGUGGAGUCCCUGGGUGGCAGCGGCUACAGCGUGGAGAGGCUGUCGGUACCGUAUGUACCCCAAGUGACAGAUGAAGACAGGCUGUCGAGAAGAAAGAGCAUCGUGGAUACCAUAUCAAUCCAGGUGGAUAUAAUGACUGGCAACAACACGGAGGACAAGGUUAACACGGAGGAAAUCACCUUUGAGGCGCUGAAAAAGGCAAUCGACAACGCUGGGAUGGAAGAACAAGAGAAAGAGAAGCGCCGUUUGGUCAUUGAGAAGUUCCAGAAGGCGCCGUUUGAGGAAAUUGCUGCACAAUGUGAAUCCAAAGCAAACAUGCUUCAUGACAAGCUGGCGCAGAUACUGGAGCUCACCAUCAGGCCACCGCCAAGCCCGUCGGGGACGAUAACCAUCACGGCAGGGCACGCGCAGUACCAGUCGGUUCCCGUGUACGAGAUGAAGUUCCCAGACCUUUGUGUGUACUGAAAUAGCAAAUUCACAGCAUUUACAGUAAUUUACCCUACCCAUGGCUGUCAUUACUGUUAUAGAACCUUUAGAACGCGUGGAAAUCACUUCAAUGAUGUCAUGCAGCGUCCCGUGAUAUUUUAUCCAUGUACCCAAAAAUAAACGG